CGGAGCCGGCAGCGCGGGCGCGAUGAGCGCCUCGGCCGCCACCGGCGUGUUCGCGCUGUCGCUCGCCGCCAUCCCGGUCACCUCCGUCUUCAACCUCCUGGCGGCGGGGCACGGCUCCUGGACAAUCGUAGGGGUCGCUGCCCUCAUCUUGCUUCUGGUGGCCCUGGUGGCCCGAGUCCUCGUCACGAGAAAGCCACCCCGGGACCCCCUGUUCUAUGUGUACGCAGUCUUCGGAUUCACCAGCGUGGUGAGCCUCAUCACGGGCCUGGAGCAGGACGGUGUCAUCGAUGGCUUCAUGACGCAUUACCUGAGAGAGGGCGAGCCCUAUCUGAACACGGCCCACGGGCACAUGAUCUGCUACUGGGACGGCUCGGCCCACUACCUGAUGUACCUGGUGAUGGUGGCAGCCAUCGCCUGGGAGGAGAGUUACAGAACUGUUGGCCUAUACUGGGUUGGAUCCAUUGUAAUGAGCACUGUGGUUUUUGUGCCUGGAAACAUCGUAGGGAAGUUUGGAGUACAAAUUUGUCCUGCUUUUUUUUUAAGCAUACCAUAUGGCUGUCUUUCCAUCUGGGCCGGUUUCAGAAUCUAUAAUCAGCCAUCAGAAAAUUACAAUUAUCCUUCAAAGGUUGUGCAAGAGGUACAAGCAAAGGGCCUGCUGAGAAGACCUUGUGACUUGAUGUUGGUCCUGUGUCUCCUUCUGGCCACUGGGUUUUGCCUGUUCAGAGGCCUGGUUGCGUUGGACUGCCCCGCUGAGCUCUGCCGGUUAUACACACAGUUUCAGGAGCCCUACCUAAAGGACCCCGUGGCUUACCCUAAAGUUCAGAUGCUGGCGUACAUGUUCUAUUCUGUCCCCUACUUUGUGAUCGCUUUUUACGGCCUCGUGGUCCCAGGGUGCUCCUGGAUGCGGGACGUCACACUGAUACACGCCGGAGGCCUGGCCCAGGCCCAGUUUUCUCACAUUGGCGCGUCCCUCCAUGCGAGAACGGCCUAUGCCCACAGAGUCCCUGACGAAGCAAAAAUUCUCUUUUUAACAUUAAAUAUAGCAUAUGGAGUUCUACCUCAGCUCCUGGCCUAUCGCUGUGUCUACAGACCGGAGUUCUUCGUAAAAACAAAGGCAGAUGAGAAAGCGGAAUAGACACGCCUUCGAGCUCUUCCUCUGGUCACUCCACUCACCGGCCGCACUGCCCGAUGAGGGAGACGCCUCGGCCACUUCCUUUCCACACAGACACUCAGGCACAGGUUCUCGAUCUUCACUGCCCGCGUGAUCAAACUACAGUAUUGUGCAGGUUAAUUUUCUUCUUUUAUGGAAAAUUGAAGCAAUUGGGAAUAGUUGUUUAAAGAAAUACCUCAAAAUUAUCUGUGGAUAAACCUGACCAUAUAUUUCAAUAUUCCAUUUGCACAUAUUAAAUUUUGUGUGAAAAAUUACAAUUUAAUGCCCACAACUGAGCAUAAAAAUGAAGUGAAUAUGGUUGAUGUAUAUAAAAUAAUUUAAAACAGCAGUUGCAGGUUGGAGAUACAGCUUUUGCAUAUAAAAUGUAUAUGCUUCAUUAUCAACCUCAAUAUAAAAGGCUAUCGGAAUAUUUUAAAACGUUUUUUUUCAAGGAAAGUACGUUAACUGCUUUAAAAAAUUACUAUUAAAAAUAUUUGUGUGAAUCUAAAUAGUCAAAAUGAGAUAGCCUAUCAUUACCCUUAGUAAAUACUUGUUUUAUUGGUGACUGGAAAUAUAUCUAUUGUAUUUCUGUGCAUAUUUUUAAUAAAAUUAUUUUUGCCUUUAUGAAAACAAAUUGUGUUAAUUUGAAAUAUAUAUAUUUCAUAAGCUUUGACUAUUUAACAAAAUCUAUCCUAUAUAGUAUACAUAUAUGUGUAUUGUAUGUUCCAAUAAAAAAUGUCUUCUAUAUUCAGGUUUUAGUGUGAGCAAUGAAGAAAUCUUUUGAUGAAUUAAGAGUCAUUAAUUUUACUUAUUUAUUUUGGAGGUGCUGGGAUUUGAACUCCGGGCUUCACACUUACUAAGCAGGUGCUCUA